GAGCGUGCGUACAGGCGGCGGCAGUGGCCGUCACUGGGCGGCAUGGCGGUGUGCGCUCGCCUCUGCGGCGUGGGCCCGUCGCGCGGAUGCCGACGCCGCCAGCAGCGCCGGGGUCCGGCCGAGACGGCGGCGGCCGACAGCGAGCCAGACACAGACCCCGAGGAGGAGCGCAUCGAGGCUAGCGCCGCGGUGCUGGCCGGGGUGGGGGGCGGCUUGUGCGCGGACCCCUCGCCGCCGCCCCCGCGCUGCUCGCUGCUGGAGCUGCCGCCCGAGCUUCUGGUGGAGAUCUUCGCGUCGCUGCCGGGCACCGACCUACCCAGCUUGGCCCAGGUCUGCACGAAGUUCCGGCGCAUCCUCCACACCGACACCAUCUGGAGGAGGCGUUGCCGCGAGGAGUAUGGUGUUUGCGAAAACUUGCGGAAGCUGGAGAUCACAGGCGUGUCUUGUCGGGACGUCUAUGCGAAGCGUAUAAACCCUCGCGUGAAGUCGGGACGUUUUGUGAAAAUUCUCCCUGAUUAUGAGCACAUGGCGUACAGAGACGUUUACACCUGCCUGCUUCACCGAUAUAGACACAUUUUGGGAUUGUGGCAGCCAGAUAUCGGGCCAUACGGAGGACUGCUGAACGUGGUGGUGGACGGCUUGUUCAUCAUCGGGUGGAUGUACCUGCCUCCCCAUGACCCCCACGUCGAUGACCCCAUGAGAUUCAAGCCUCUGUUCAGGAUCCACCUGAUGGAGAGGAAGGCUGCCACAGUGGAGUGCAUGUACGGCCACAAGGGGCCCCACCAUGGCCACAUCCAGAUUGUGAAGAAGGAUGAGUUCUCCACCAAGUGCAACCAGACGGACCACCAUAGAAUGUCCGGCGGGAGGCAGGAGGAGUUUCGGACGUGGCUGAGGGAGGAAUGGGGGCGCACGCUGGAGGACAUCUUCCACGAGCACAUGCAGGAGCUCAUCCUGAUGAAGUUCAUCUACACCAGUCAGUACGACAACUGCCUGACCUACCGCCGCAUCUACCUGCCGCCCAGCCGCCCCGACGACCUCAUCAAGCCUGGCCUCUUCAAAGGUACCUAUGGCAGCCAUGGCCUGGAGAUCGUGAUGCUCAGCUUCCACGGCCGGCGUGCCAGGGGCACCAAGAUCACAGGCGACCCCAACAUCCCCGCCGGGCAGCAGACGGUGGAGAUCGACCUGAGGCACCGGAUCCAGCUGCCCGACCUCGAGAACCAGCGCAACUUCAACGAGCUCUCCCGCAUCGUCCUGGAGGUGCGCGAGCGGGUGCGCCAGGAGCAGCAGGAAGGCGGGCACGAGGCGGGCGAGGGUCGCGGCCGGCAGGGGCCCCGGGAGUCCCAGCCAAGCCCCGCCCAACCCAGGGCAGAGGCGCCCAGCAAGGGCCCAGACGGGACACCUGGUGAGGAUGGUGGCGAGCCUGGGGAUGCCGUGGCUGCGGCGGAGCAGCCUGCCCAGUGUGGGCAGGGGCAGCCGUUCGUGCUGCCCGUGGGCGUGAGCUCCAGGAAUGAGGACUACCCCCGAACCUGCAGGAUGUGUUUUUAUGGCACAGGCCUCAUUGCGGGCCACGGCUUCACCAGCCCUGAACGCACCCCCGGGGUCUUCAUCCUCUUCGAUGAGGACCGCUUCGGGUUUGUCUGGCUGGAGCUGAAAUCCUUCAGCCUGUACAGUCGGGUCCAGGCCACCUUCCGGAACGCAGAUGCGCCGUCCCCGCAGGCCUUCGACGAGAUGCUCAAGAACAUUCAGUCCCUCACCUCCUGACUGGCCACAUCCUUGCUGCCACAUCCCGGGCGGCUCUGGGGCUCUGAACUCUGACCUGUGAAUAGAAGCAGCAUGCACUUUGGAAAUCCGGCCUUUUGACCAGAACGCACACCUCGUCGGGGGGCCCAGCCCAGCCACCCACCAGCACUUUAUGUAGAGAGUGUGACGUAGACCUGCACAUUUGUCAGUGCCAUGAUGGAAGAAGCUGAGCAUGUCUUACCAAAAAAAGAGAGAACGAGUCUGAAUACAGCAGAUCUAGGGGACAGCCGCAGGACCGCUUGAGAAUUGAAGCGGUGGGGUUGCCGCACCCUGGGCUGGCUGGCGGUUUUCUCGGGAAACAGGACCCUCCUGACUGGCGCUCUUUUCCUGUGAGCGGAUAGGAUGAUAGACUGGGUCGUGUGUGAGACACAUGUGCUCCACCCCACUCCUGCUGGGGGAAGCCGGGCAACAGUGGCCUCUGGGAGGGGGUCAGGAAGAGGCGAACAGCUCAGGCAGCGCAGGUGUGAUGGGCACAGUAUGCAGAGAGCAAGCUCGGGAAGUUGGUAGGAUCUCAGGCUUGGGGCUGGGACUCUGGAGUGAAUCCCCAUUUCUCUACCGGCUUGCUUGGAGUUUGGACAGAAGCGUUUCACCUCUGAUCUCAGCUUCCCCACCUGUGGAGUGGGUUUAGUGACCUGAGUCACUAGGGAAUGUCACUUGAAUGCACAGCCCAGCCCAUGCACCUGCCCCAGCCCCUCUUCUCCAGCUUUGGAGCCAAGGCCAUCGUUUCAGCCACUUGACUGUCCUCGACGGCCUGUUACAGACAGGGCGUUUGUUUUGUCCAUGCCUUCAUGCCUGCACGCACACGGCAUCAAAACCAAGCUGCCAGCCACUUUCCCCAGAACUCAAGGCUCCAGGCCUGUGUGUCUGAAGCAGUGAGUGGUCCACACGGGUGCCAGGAGUGCCCAGAUGAGAUGACGAGGAAACCCCUUUGCAGGUGAGGGGACAGCUUUCUAGAAAAGCCACACCUGCAUCUGGGGACACACUUUGGAAAGUGGGACCCUCCAGCUUGGAGACCCCAUGGACUGAUGCCUCCACUGCUGUGUGCCCCAUGUCGUGUUAACACCUGCGUGUGGGGAAUCCAUCUGAGGUCUUGGCUGAGGUUGGCAUCUCCUGAAGAACAGAGAGCACAGUGCCUGGAGCUGGCCCUUCCCCCAGCCUGCAGCCAGCUCCGUGCCCGAGUGGGCCUCCCCAGCAAGCCUUCCCUCUCUGCCGCUUGUCCUUGUGUCUGGGCUGCUCCAAGCCCUUGUGCUGGGCACCCUGGACACGUCCUGCUGGUGAGGGACCUCAGGAAGGUGACAGUCUGUGUGCCUUUGUGUGGAGACCAACCUGAGGAUGUCCUGGGAAAUGUUUUCCUGAUGAAUUUCUCCUUGACUGGCCUUUAAAAAAAAUAAGAAUUCCCAUUGCCCAGCCUCAGUGCAUUUGGCAAAUUCUUACUUCCCUUCCCAGAGUCAGAGAAUUGGCAAAGAUUCCUAAAUGGUAAUCUGGCCGGCCUGGGAGAAAGACUCAAGAGAAAAGCCAAUGGAGAAAGUGCCCUUCCAGGGCGGCAGCAGGGCCGCCCACCCGGGAGCCACACAGACCCCGAGGCGCACCUGCCAGCUCUCGUUUGUGGCCCCAGUUUCUAUCGGCUUUUGCAGCAUUAGCCUAGAAGCUUUGUCACUCCCUGCCCUCUGUGGUGGUCACUUUUUCUCUCGUGCCAAAUGAGGCAGUCCUUGAGUGACGGUGACUGUGGCCUUGAAGCCUGGAGGACCCUUGGGCAUGUAGACUGGCACCGUGAAGAUUCACCAUUGUUUAAAUAAAAUCAAGCAGAUGCAUUUUUUACCAAGAGCCCGAGGCUCGCUCUAAGGGACGCAGUCCUAGAGGCGUGCCCUUUGGGGCUUGAAGAGCACACUGUGGGAGGCACGUGCUUCUGAUUAAAGGAAUCUCAGAUCUCAAUUACGCUUCCAGUGUUUGGGUCUAGAAAUGGCUUCCACCCAUCAUGUCUCAGCCAUGGGCUGUUGGUCAGUUCAUGUGGCUCCUGGUUCUGGUGUGUCUGUUGGGGGGGUCUCUCCAUGGUAGUGACCUGUGGUGAUGCCAGGCAGGGCCACAGCCACACAGCCAGGAAAGGGAGGCCUUUUUGGCCGCACAGCCAGUCCCUUCAGUCAUGACUUCAGGUCUUGUUUUUUCCACUUGCAGGUGGAGUUGGGCGGUUGGGACUCUUCAUCUUUUGCACCAUGCAUGUCUUUCUGUUGCUGUCUCACUCUGGGGCAGGAUCAAGUCUGCUGUCUGGAGUGGGGCUGGCUGCAGCGCAGCUCUGCGCACCUGAACGUAUUCUUUGUCACUUGUUUGGAAAUGAUAUGAUUGAAGAUUUCAGAGAGGUCACUGGAGGCUUUUCUGUGCCGGCACUGAAUGUUCGUUUGCAUGAGGAAGUUGCAAACAACUUCUGUAGGCUGAGAUUCAAGGUGGGUGGUAUUGGGGUCCCUCAGCCCACCUGGGCCCUGACCUCAAGUGUCCGCUGCUUUGCAGGCCUGGUGGUGGGAGAGCCUCAGGCUCCCUCCUUCCUUGUUUCUGACCAUGCCCUGGGCCCCUUCAGUCUGGCUGCGGCUCUGUGGCAUCCCUGCCCUGACACUGGGCACCUGCACCCCUAGCAAGCCCACCUGGCACACAAGGAGGGAGGGGUGAGUGGCCGUGGCCUUCCUCUAGCCACAUGCCCUGCUGGCCGCUCCAUUCUCAGCUUUGUGCAGAACCGGGUCGGAGCUGGAGGUUUUUCUCUGAGAACCUGCAGUUGUGCUGCAGCCGCACGCGAGGGCCCUUCAGCCGCUGGCUCUGGCUUCCCUGACUCCUCGGGGCUUGUUCACCCCAGGCUUUCUCACCUGCACACGUUUAGGCCUUUUUCAGUGCUCGUGGGCAGUCACAGACAGCAGCAGACCUCCUCAGCCCCUUUGUUACUUCAGAACGCCUGCCCACGUGCAUCUGCUGAGCUUGUGUUGUCCUAAUGGCCGUGGGGUCUUGGGUGCGAACAGGAGAUGCUGAGCUGUGGUCCACCGUCCAAGACUCUGCAGAAAGCAGCUAGGCUUUUUAAGGAUGUUUCUAUUCUGGUUGCUACCUUCAUGGUGUAACUUUUAAGAACACUUAUGGGAAUGUGCUCAUAGAACCAUCACCUGCCCUGAGAAUAAAACUCCUCGAAUCAUGAUCAAGUCCAGUGUUAACAUGGCCCAACCUGUCUUUACUACUGGGGAGAGACCAGAAAUAUCACUCGACUACUCAUCCCCAUAAUUAUUUAGAGAAGAAGAAAGCAGCAGAUAGUCUCCAUUCGGCUGGAAUUUUUGUUUGUUUUUUGAGACAGGGUCUUGCUCUGUCACCUGGGCUGGAGUGCAGGGGGGCGAUCAUGGCUCACUGAAGCCUCAACCUACUAGGCUCAAGCCAUCUGCCCGCCUUAGCCUCCCAAGUAGCUGGGACCACAGGCACCCACCACCACCACGCCUGGCUAACUUGUUUGUGUAGAGAUGGGGUUUUGCCAUGUUGCUCAUGUUGAUCUUGAACUCCUGGGUUCAAGCAAUCCAUCUGCCUUGGCUUCCCAAGGUGCUAGGAUUACAGGCGUGAGCCACUGCGCCCAGCCUUGGCCUGUACUUUGAAUGGGAAUGAGAUUGCGCAAACCGUGGAAUACCCUGUGUCACCCACAGCUCAGUGGCCUGCAUGCCAGCCCUCAGGGGCUGCUGGCCAGGAGACCAGCCAGAGCAUGAGGGGGUCAGAGCCGUGUGGGUUUUGGCCUGAUUCUACAUUUGGUUGUUCCUGGAGGCCACGUAGCCUGCCUGCAUUAGGAAAGCGCUGUGCCGUCUGAUCAUGCGCCCCUCCUUGCCCCCUGGUAAGGUGACCUUGCAGCAGGAGCUGUACCCUGCCUGGGUAGGGACCCACUGGGUAGGACCGGAGCAAUCCCGGCAGCCGCCACCCGCACCCAUGCACUUGUUUCUCCUCACAGUUUCAAGUAAAUCCAUUUUUGAAGGCU